AGGACUCUGCUGACACACAAACCACAGUCAUGGCGUUCCCUCGGCUCUCUGCCUCCAUGCUGUUGGCUUCUUUGAUUCUCCUUCUCUACUGGACGGCCGCAUCAGCUCGGUCACAUGACCGCACCUCCUCCAACCUGUCACCCCUCUACAGGGUGAAGAGAGACAUGCCUUCCAACACCAAAGAGAGAGUGGCAGCAUCUUUUACAGUGCUGAAGGACUCCCUGUCUGUGGUGAAAGAAGUGGUUGGAAAGAGUACCACCAGUACGGUGUCAGGGGUGAUUAAGAGUCUCGUCAACAUCGCCAGCUUGGCGCCAGGCAUCGCAGGUCUGGUCUCCUCUUUUCUCAACUUGGCCUUGUCCUUCGUCCCUCAACAAAACCCUCUGAAGGCGCUCAAGGAAGGGUUUGCUGAAGUGAACAGGAAGCUGGACUCACUCUCCAUCCGGAUCUCCAACCUGGCGACAGAUGUGGAAUGGUUCAACUACGCCAGCGUCUACUCUCAAGACGAGGUCCGCAUCCUCAACGCCUGGAAGAAGUUCGGUGAGUUCCGUGAGAACAGUGAGCUGGUACAAAGUGAAGAUGAUAAACUCAGACUGGCAGAGGUAUUCACCAACUACUACGAGAACACGGCAACCGAGGCCAGCGUGGCCAACCUUUACCAUUACCUGACGGUCAGCAACAUGUCACUCAGUGGAAACCUCAACGACCUGCUGAGGAAGAAGUUCAAAUGUAGCAUUCGUGAGAUUGGCAAUUAUAACCUGCACUUCAUCACUCUGCUGUGGAGGGGGAUGGUGCUCAACCAGCUGUACUGGGACCUGAUCGGUCUCAGUCAAACGGGCAUAACAGAUCGAUACACCGAGAUGUUGAAGAACGUCUCUAGUGCUCAGGUAUCAGUCGUGGAGUUCUGCCUCAACAACUAUGAGCAGUACGUGACGAAUGAUGCGGAGGAGAUCAGCAAAGCCCUCAGUCCUGACGACAAAGAAGCCAUCGCUGAAAAGGUGAAAAAAGCUCUGGAUGAGAAGUUCUACUGGUACAACUGGGUGGUGCUGGUGUACAAGUCUGACGACGACAGCUACCACAGAUUUUAUAGCAAGAUGAUAAACGUCUCUGUGAAUCCAAUCACUGUCUCUGUGGGCUACACUCAGAAAGCUGACGAGAUACAUAAAGCACAUGUAAUGCAUGUGCUGAACCAGUGCACCUUCUAUAGAAUGCACCCGACUGGUCCAUUUACGGCCCCAAACUAUCCUCUGUGUACCCGCAUCAUACAGAAAAUAAAAGAAUGUAAUCAACUCGUGGCUGGCGUUCCUAUCAGAGACUACGUUAAGGAGAUAGAAUCCGGUACAGGUGAUUUUGUUCAAGUCCCGGAAAAACUGAUGCAAAUCCAUUGUAAAGGGAGCAGGUUUACGGACAGGAUGUCCGUUUACUACUCCCGAACCAUCGAUCCAUGUGUGUCUGACACAUGUGAGACAGGAGAGUGCAAGAGGCUGUUGGACUCCAACGAACAUCUGUGUGAGUGUCCUGAUGGUUACUAUGGAGACAGAUGUGAAAAGGAGCUGAACCCCAACAAUGUCCCAGCGAUCGAUAAAAGCCAAACUGUGCCCGACUUCACCAGCAUCAACGCCAAGCUGAGAGCGAUGGAGGCCAAACUGGACGACAUCCUCAAUAAGACGUGUCCUGCUCAGUAACAACUGAAAACAAUCUUAACUCGUCGCACACAGAGCGUCAGAAGGUGCCGCGUCCCUUCGCUUUUUUCAGCUUCACCAUAAAAUCAUUUCCACUACACUCAGAGUGAGACAGACUGACGGACACUGUGACCUUGGACAAACUUCCACAAGGACAACUGUCACCGCAACAGUCCACCGAUCAUGACAUGAGGGUCCUCAGAGAGGGACACAUGGAGACCCCUGACAGACUGAGAGACAGCACUGUCAACACCAUCAACACCGUCAACACUGUGUCCUGACACCUUAACACCAUCCUAACACCAUCUUAACACCAUCCUAACACCAUCCUAACACCAUCCUAACACCAUCUUAACACCAUCCUAACACCAUCUUAACACCAUCCUAACACCAUCCUAACACCAUGUUAACACCAUCUUAACACCAUCCUAACACCAUGUUAACACCAUCCUAACACCAUGUUAACACCAUCUUAACACCAUCCUAACACCAUCUUAACACCAUCCUAACACCAUCCUAACACCAUCCCAACACCAUCCUGACACCAUCCCAACACCAUCCCAACACCAUCCUAACACCAUCCUAACACCAUCCCAACACCAUCCUAACGGUGAAGCACGGUGUGUCCUGAUCCUAUAGAUCUUGUCCGUGAUUGGUUCCAGCGGAGGUGAAGACACCAUCAGGACACUGUCAGGACACCAUCAGGACACCGUCAGGACACUGUCAAGACACCAUCAGGACACUGUCAGGACACCGUCAGGACACUGUCAGGACACCGUCAGGACACCAUCAGGACACCGUCAGGACACUGUCAAGACACCAUCAGGACACUGUCAGGACACUGUCAGGACACCGUCAGGACACUGUCAAGACACCAUCAGGACACUGUCAGGACACCGUCAGGACACUGUCAGGACACCGUCAGGACACUGUCAAGACACCAUCAGGACACCGUCAGGACACUGUCAGGACACCGUCAGGGCUUAGAGUCUCAGUUUAUAUGAAAUUCAGCAGGUUCAGAUCAGAAUAUUAAAAACAAAGGUGAUUUCAGUUUUAAAUGUUUAAACAUCAACUAAGUUGUAAUUUCAUUCAUUGAAAGCUUGAAGGUCCUGAAAAUGAUUAAAGAUCUGAAUUAAUUAAGUUAUCAAAGUGGAUAUAAAACUGUUAAAUGAGCUUCAGCUUUUAGCUUUAAAUAAAAUAUUGUGAUCAUAAAUGAAUUAUUAAUCAAAGACACGUUGUGUUCUGAUUUGUUAGAUCAAAAUGGGCACAUUAAAGAUUAAUGAAACAUUUAAACAAGUGUUUGUCUGAAUUUCUUUCUGUUUAAUAUUCAUCAUUAUGACACACUAUCACAACUCAUAUGACUUGUUAUUAUAUCUUAUUAUUAUGUAUAUAUAUAUUUACUGUCCUUUGGCUGAAGCAGCUCAGAUGUGAAGUCUGUCACAGUCACAUGUUCUUUGCUUUGAGACUCUGUUAAUUUUCAGCUUCAGUCGAACACUUUCUCUUUGACUUGAUUUUCAGCAGCU